AUGUUGCAGAAGCUUGGGGUUUUUGGGAGCAAGUUUGUGAAGAAGAUCUUCUACAAGAUUCCCAUCGCUGUAGUCUCCAGCGGUGUCAUGUAUGAUACGUUCGUGUUAACGGCUGACGAAGAUAUUAGGGUUUUGUUUCAUUGCGUAAGGAGUUUUCCUGAGGUCAGAAUACACGAGCUGUAUGCGAAGUUGGAGGUAACUCUGGAUAGUUCUGGGGCAUCGGCUCCUGUUCAUAGCUCGACUGCCGCAGGCAGUGCGUCUUGCUCGGCGCCAGCGAUCCGGCCAUCUGUUCCGCAGGUUGGCUCACCUUCCUUUGCGGCUGAUCUGGUACAAACGGAGGCAGUUCGCACUGUACCUUCCCCUAAUCAAGGGGUCCUGCAGCAGGCAUUUCAGGGGGAAUCAUAUCGUGCCACAGAUGAUGAACUUCAAGGAUUUGGGGAACCUGAUCGAGUAGAGAAUGCAAUGCGGGACGAUGACUCUGACCAGGAGCCUGUAAAUAUCUUUGGGGACAGCGAUGAUGACACCGGUGCUAAUCCACAUGCACAACAAGGUCCUUCAAGUUUUGGCACACAGCAUUACCCUCCACACUUCUCGACGCUAAACUUGGAGGCUCUGGGUGAACACCCGGCGGGAGUUGCUGCAGUUGGUGAUGAAGCUGUUCUUAGUGUGAAGGACUAUAGCAUCCGUCGAGGUGUUGAGUACCGAGUGUUGGAAUCAGACCAUCUGAAGUAUCAUGGAAAGUGCAAGGAUUUCGGCAAAAGUUGUAGUUGGCUGAUUCGGAUUUCGCUCCGUGCACGAAAGGGUACUUGGGAGGUUAGGAGGUGCAACGGUCCCCACACUUGCUUAGCCACAUCUAUUUCCAGUGAUCACCGUCAGCUUUAUUACCACGUUAUCUGUGCGAGGAUUUUUCCAUUGGUUAGUGCGGAUGCUGCAGUACCGAUCAAGGUGUUGCAACAAGCAACUGAAGCUGAUUACGGCUUCAAGCCCAGUUACCGGAAGGUUUGGAAAGCAAAACAAAAGGCAGUUGCACAAAUAUAUGGAGAUUGGGAAGAGUCUUAUGCUGAGUUGCCACGUUGA